ACAUUGCCACAAGAAAGUCUAUAAAAAGGAAGAAAGAAGAAAUGACAAGUGCACAAAGAGCAGAUGGAGGUAGGGAAGAACAAGAAGCACUUCGUUCUAGUCCAUGGUGCUUGUCAUGGAGCAUGGUGUUGGUAUAAGGUGGCCACACUACUAACAUCUGCAGGCAACCGCGUAACGGCCGUCGAUCUUGCAGCUUCGGGCAUCAACCCCAAGAAAUUCGAGGACGAGGUCCUCAAGUUUUCCGAGUAUUCUCUGCCGUUGUUGGACAUCAUGGCAUCUCUCCCUCCACAAGAGAGGGUGAUCCUGGUGGGCCACAGCCUUGGAGGUUUGAACUUGGCUUUAGCCAUGGAUAAGUACCCAGAGAAGGUCUCCGUUGCCGUCUUCCUGACGGCGUUCAUGCCAGAUUCGUCUAACAGGCCCUCUUAUAUCUUGGAUAAGUACUUCGAGAGGACACCAUUGGAGCUCUUCCUGGACACGCAAUUCCAGUUUGAUCGAGGGCCAGAGAAACCCGCAACGAUGCUCUUCGGCCCCAAGUUCUUGUCACAAAAGCUCUAUCAACGCUCCUCUCCAGAGGACUACACCUUGGCAACUACACUUGUAAGGGUUGGAUCGUUGUUUCAAGAAGAUCUGUCAAAUGCACCAUUCUUUUCAAAGGAGAGAUAUGGGUCAGUUACCCGAGUUUUCAUCGUAUGCGAUGAAGACAUGGCUAUUCCAGAUGAGUUCCAGCAUUGGAUGGUCGAGAAUAACCCAGUGAAAGAAGUGAAAGUAAUCAAUGGUUCUGAUCACAUGCCUAUGUUCUGCAAAGCUCAGGAGUUGUGCCACUCUCUACUAGAGAUCGCCGAGAGACAUGCUUGAUCCUUGAGAUUCUCUUGAGAAUUGACUAGGGUGAUUGGAUAUUGAUUGCUUUGUGGAAUUUAAUAUUUCCUUUGUUGUUUCCUUUGCUAUUUUCUUUGUUGUCCGAACAGUGUGAAAUGCAUGUUUUAAAUAAAGGAAAUUGAUGCACUUUCUUUUCU